AUGCUAGACGAUCACCACGACACCCCGGGCACGAAUACGCGCCGUGAACCGCCCCGGUUCAUGGGUGACGAGACGGAAGAGCCCCCCGCGGCAGGCUCGGUGGAUGGGUUUUUCCAAGACUUGGAGGAGGAUGUGGGGCUUCCAGAGAUGCUGGACCAUGCAGCCAUCGAGGCCUCUCUGGCGGCCAAGAAGGCCGAGGGGCUGGACCCGUUCGCGCUGGUGUCGGGCGAGCAGGCGGCCAAGCGGAAGAGUGUGCGCAGGCCGGUGGUGAAGAUGGAUGAGGAGCGUCUGCUGGACCCCAGGUUUGGGAUCCCGCAUCUGAUGAAGCUUGCGAAGGAGUUCAAGCCUGCUGGGAAGGGCAAAGAGAGGGAGGAUCUUCAGCGACUGAUGAAGGUCUACCGUCUCUGGACGCACUCGAUGUAUCCCAAGGGCGCGUUCCGGGACACGAUCGAGAGCGUUGGCAAGCUGUGCCACAAGCGGAAGAUGCGAGAUGCGCUGCGUGGCUGGCGGGAGGAGAGCAGCACUGGGGGGGCGAAGAAGAAGAAGGCCCGGCCGGGGGAUGCCGAGCCGGCGGAGGCGGUGGCUGGCGGGCAGGAAGCGCGGGGGAGUAGUGAGCCGGCGGGGCUGUUCCGGCCGGCGGAGGAGGGGUCGGGGGACGAUGGGCAGCCGGGGGUGGCUCCCGGGGGGUCUGCCCCCGGGGAGGGGCAUGACUGGGAUGAUCUGUACCAGUAG